AUGAGCCUGAACCUCAAGGAGAUCACCAACCUGCCUCUGUGUUUUGGACGCUUCCGCUGGCUGCUGAGUACCUGUAAGGACGGCUGGAGGGCCUACUACCGCCAGGAUGUCUUCCUGGCUGGGAUGGGCCUGGCCUUCCUCUACACAACUGUCCUGGGCUUCGACUGCAUCACCACGGGCUACGCCUACACCCAGGGCAUCAGUGGCUCCCUGCUCAGUCUGCUGAUGGGGGUCUCGGCUAUAACAGGCCUCAUGGGCACCAUCAUGUUCACCAAGCUGAGGAAGGCCUACGGUUUAGUCAACACAGGCAUCAUCUCCAGUUGUCUCCAUCUUUGCUGUCUGCUGCUGUGUGUGUGUUCUGUGUUCGCCCCCGGCAGCCCCAUGGACCUCCGCCUGCUCAGGCCCUUCCUGGACGCCAACGCCAACUCAACGUUGUCGGCGGCCGGGGGGAUGGUGGAGGGCCAGAGGCAGAAACACACCUACCCGAUGCGGGGUGGCAUUAAUCAGCCGCUGCUGCCCGACCGCUCGUCCAUCCACUGGACCAACAACACAGUGCUGUUUGAGAAUAUGCCAUCAGGCAUGGAGCCAGACUCCUACAUCUCUAUAAUCCUGCUGUUCUUGGGGGUCAUCACAGCACGCAUCGGUCUGUGGUCCUUUGACCUGACCGUGACCCAGCUGCUUCAGGAGAACAUCUGUGAGUCAGAACGUGGUGUGGUCAACGGGGUCCAGAGCUCCAUGAACUACUUGAUGGACCUUCUCCACUUCAUCAUGGUCAUCUCUGCUCCACAGCCCCAGCACUUUGGCAUCCUGGUCAUCAUCUCUGUAGUGUUCAUCACCACAGGACACACAAUGUACUUCCUAUACGCACGCAAAGCCAAGAGGAAAGCUGCUGGAUGCCUGGACACGUAGGGAGGCCGUGCGGCUUUCCGUGACAAAGCAUGUGCCCAAAGACUCCACUCUGCCUGCGCCUGCCUGUGAAGUGAAUGUCUCUUCUCUCUUGUUCCCUCUGGGCUCUCAUUGCUAGGCAACAAUACA